AAGCUAAGGUCGCUGCCCAUGGCGGCCCUCCUUUUCAUACGAAACCUCUCUGCCCAGGAGGCAGAAACAGAAGCUCUCGGCAUCAGCCGCUCUGCUCAGACAGCACAUGUAGCUCCGAUCGCUUGGUAUAAUAGCGGCCAUCCGUUCAUGGUCGGCACUGCUGCGUCGCCGCUCCACGUCUCUCUCAGAAGCUUUGCUUUCGCCCUGCCGCUCCCCGUACGCUUUCCUGCCCUCCCAACAGUUCCUGGCGAGCCUUGAUAUCUUGGCAGGGACGGCGCUAGCAAAUGGAUCCGCCACCGGCGCCGUUCGCCAACAGCCCGUCGUCCUCGCCCUCAGCUCCGACGCCGUCGUCGUCGAGCGCGAGCGUCACCAUGGUGAUCAUCACCGUCGUGGGCAUCAUGGCGGCGUUCGCGCUCCUGGCGAGCUACUACGCGUUCGUGACCAAGUGCCAGCUGCUGCGCGCGCUCUGGUCGCGCCACCCGCCGUGGCACCGGCGCGCGCGGGGAGCCGGCAGUGGCGGACGGGAGGCGUCCGUCAUCCGCGCCGCGGCGAGCGACGACCGGCGGGGCCUCGGCCUGCCGCUCAUCCGCAUGCUCCCGGUCGUCAAGUUCACGGCGGCGGCCUGCGGCGGCGACGCCGGCGGCGGCUGCAGCGUGGCGCCGAGGAUAUCGGUGUCGGAGUGCGCCGUGUGCCUGAGCGAGUUCGUGGAGCGAGAGCGCGUCCGGCUGCUGCCCAAUUGCUCCCACGCCUUCCACAUCGACUGCAUCGACACGUGGCUGCAGGGCAGCGCCCGCUGCCCCUUCUGCCGGAGCGACGUCACGCUGCCGGCCGCGCGGUUGCCGGCGCGUUGCGCCCCGGAGGCGGCGGAGGCGACGGUCCCCAGCCGCCGCGACACCGAGCUCGCCAGCGACAGCAUUGUGAUCGAGGUGAGAGGGGAGCACGAGAGAUGGUUCAGCAACCGCGGCGCGGGCACUCCGGCCGGCGGCAGAAGGCCGCGGCACCAGAAGCCGCAGCUGCGCAAGUCGGAGAGCGUCGGCGACGAGGCCAUCGACAUGAGGAAGGCGGGCGAGGAGUUCGCGGCGCUGCCCUUGCGGCGGUCCCUGUCCCUCGACUCCUGCUGCGACAAGCACCUCUACGUGUCCGUCCAGGAGUUCCUCGCCACGCAGAGGCAAGUGUGCCAUCCAUCCGUGCAUUCAUGAUGAUACAUGGAUGCCACGCCAUUGCUGUGCAGAAUAGCCUGGCUGUCAGUCAGCAGAUGAUAUGGUUGCGAUCAAUUCUUUCGCUUUUUUUUCUAAUUGAGGAGCUAGCAGUAACUGCAAAUUAAAAAUGUUUCACGCGUGGCCUUUUUGUGCCCGGCACG